GCCAAUCGCGACGAUUUAUCGACUGGUCUGAGUAUUGCAUUCUGGGUAGACUUUCCCACGUGAGCGCGUCGCUUUUCUUCUCAAGAUGGCGGACGCAGGGUUCUUUCGAGGCACCAGCGCUGAGCAGGAUAACCGUUUCAGAGACAAGCAGAAGAAGUUACUAAAAUCCAUACGAUUCGAGGAUGUCUUGGAUAAAAAGGUGGAUAUGGAGAAGAUAAAUCUGGACGUCUUAAAGCCGUGGAUUACCAAACGGAUCACCGACAUGUUGGGGUUCGAGGACGAUGUUGUCCUGGAGUUCGUUUUCAACAUGCUUGAAUCUGAGAAGCAUCCUGACCCCAAGGUCAUGCAGAUCAACAUCACUGGCUUCCUUCAGGCCAAGAAUGCGCGCAUCUUCAUGGGCGAACUUUGGGAAUUGCUUGUCAGCGCACAGGAAAACAUUGGCGGCAUACCAACUGAAUUCUUGGAGAAAAAGAAAGAAGAGAUAAAACAGAGAAAGCUUGAGCAAGAACGCAUCCAAGCCAAUCUUAAGCGCCAGGGGGAGUUAAUGCAAGCGGAAGCUGACAGUACGGGUGUCGAGGACCUCACAGGGAGUUCUAGUCUCCCAGAUGAGGUCAGGAAAGCCACGGAGGCAGCAGUGCUUCUAGCAGAGAGUGCGCACCUAAAAUCACAGUUGCUAUCUUCUGAGUCUGAGGAAGCUUCUGAAGAGAACAAGCGAGUCGUUGACAAGAGUGGGGAAAAGUCAAAACCCAAUAGGUCUUUAGAGCCGGGGGAAUUAAGUUCCUCUCCAGUCACAUCACCUAGACGCAAGAGACAGUGGCGAAGCGGAGAAUCCAGUACUUCAUCAGAAAGGGAGGAAAGUGCACACAGGCCAGUUAAAAUCAAGAGAAAAAAGAAUUUGGAAAUAAGUUACAAAACUACCAGGUCACAAUCCCCAGAAAAUCUGGACAUCUCCCGUGAUUCCCCUAAGACAGUAGCUGUUGGGCACACUCCUGUAAGACCGUCGUCUGAAUGCUCUAGGAUAAAGUGGGACCUUGAUGAUAAUACACCAUUUAUAACCCGAAAGAAGAAAAUUGUGAUCCAUCGAAGUUUGGAAAUUGAUAAAAGAAUACCAAGAACAAAAAGGCACACUACAGGAAGUUUUGACCACAGAAGGCUUGGUACCAAAAUGUCAGAUUCAACUCCUGAUGAUUCUCAGGGUAGAAACACACCAAGGACACCUUCAACUCCCUAUUAUAGCACCACACACACCACAGCAACAACACCAGUAGACCGCUACACCCCUAGGUGGCAAGAGACGCAUGAACAGUACUCACGGCUUACGUCAUCACCUAUGAAUCAAGUGCUCCUUGUGGGCGACUCCAUCAUUAAGGGACUAACCCGUUACGCUAGUGUCUGGCGGGAAUACUUCAGGCCCCUGAGAGCACUGAGCUUCGGGAUAGGUGGUGACCGUACCCAACAUGUCUUGUGGAGAUUGCAAAAUGGCGAGUUGGAGAGUACACCAAGGAUUCUUGUCCUGCACUGUGGAACAAACAAUGUGAACACAGACCAUGCGUCUGAUAUUGUAGGAGGGAUUCUGGCAAUAGUCCAGUUCAUUCAAUCCAAGUCGCCGUCUACUACCAUUGUAGUGACAGGUCUUCUUCCUCGAGACUUGUAUCCAUCUUUCCGCCGCAAAAAGAUCAGCGAGGUGAACAGACAACUGGAAGAGCUCAUAGAUUUCUCUGAUGAGUUUGCAGAUGUGCACUUUUUACGGCCAGAUGAUGAUUGGGUGAGAGAGGAUGGGACUCUGGAGGAGUCAUUCUACCAUACCGACCACUUGCAUCUUGUGGAAGCAGGAGACCGCAAGCUUGCAAAGGCCAUCACCGCGCUGGUUACCAAGCUCUUAGACGCCCCACAGGGUCUUCUACCUCGUAGACUGCUCAGCAGCAAGGAACCCCGUGAUGGCCGUGCAAGGGAAGCCGCACACAAAGACAUAAAGAAAGAACGUGAUUCCUACAGAAGGUCCAGAGAUAAAGGCCGGAAGCGCAGCCAAUCACGUUCUAGCUCCAGAUCUCGCUCAUCUUCAUACUCCAGAUCCAGAUCUCGCAGUCCUGACAGGAGAAAGCGCUCCUACUCCCCUCCACCCCGACGCAGGUCACCCUUCAGGGAAAGACGCAGGUCACCCCCAAGACGCACAUCUCGCUGGAGCUCACAAUCACCAGGCCGUCGCUCCCCCGCAAGAAGGUCUAAAAGUCCAAAAAGCUUGUCCCCCUCACCACCUCGCACCAAACCCAGGAUAAAGUCAAGCCCAGCACGGUCCAGAUCCAGAUCCCAAAGUGCAAGCCCACGGCACUCUAAAUCCAAGUCACCAGCACUUUCAAAAGUACAGGUAAAAACUGAGAAGACAAGCCCUAGUCCUCCUCCCAUCAAGAAGACGAUAGGGUCCGCCUCACCGCCACCAUCCCACCACCGCUCAGAGUACAAAAAGAGAGAUGUCCAGGACUCCCCUGUGCGACAACCUUCCCUCUCUCCCUCACCUUCACCAGAACGGAAAAAAGAAGACCCCAAAGAAAAGUCCCCACCUCUUCCAAAAUCCAAAAAGAUGGCAAAUCGAAGCUACAGGAAGCACAAUUCUUCAGAGUCAGAAUCUGACUCAGGCUUGCCACCAGAACGCAAAAAGGGAUCAGUGUCACCCAGAGAUCGAAGACGGCGGAGCCCUAUGAGGAGGAGGCGGAGUAGAGAUGCCUCGCCCAGGCGCCGACGGAGAAGCGCGUCGGGGUCAGACUCAUCCCCAGACAGAAGGUCUGAGUCACCAAGAGAUAGGAGACGACGGAGCCCAGAACACAGGCGGAGGAGGGAGGCAUCCCCACCAUGCCGAGACAGAAAAAGAUACGAUUCACCGCCAAGAAGGCGAAGGCGAUCCCCAUCACCACCCCCUAGAAGAAGACGCAGAGAUUCCUACUCACCGUCUCGCCGCAGACGAGACUCCCCAACGCCUUCGCCUCCCCCAAGGCGCAGGAGAAAAUCCCCAAGCCCAUCGCCACCCCGUAGACGCCGGCGAUCCCCUUCCAAUUCCCCACCUCCAAUGCGCUCAUCACCCUUGCCUCCCCCACAGCGCAAACGAGCCUCAACCCCACCCUCCCCUCGUCGGGCACGCCGUAAGGUUGCAUCACCUGAGGAACAAGACAGACAAAAGUCAAACGGCCGGAACUCAAGAUCCGUUUCUCCAUCUGCAGUGAAAAGGACCAAGGGAAGCAAGAGGUCUGAAUCACGCUCAGUGUCACGUUCACCAGAGCGUGACAGGAAAGGACGUGACAGUGCCAAGAAGGAGCGCCAAUCACACUCAGAGUCGCCUCAGAGAGUAACCAAGUCGAGCAAGGAGAGAGUGCGUGACCCAUCAGCCUCCUCAUCAUCAUCAGCGGAUGAGCCAACGCCUGUCAAGGGGGCCAAACGAGUUGGCCGGCGCUCACGCAGCCGUUCAGCAACACCACAAAGAAAGCAAACCAGGCACCGCCAUUCUGCUUCCCCCGAGCCUCGCAAAAGACCACGCCACCAGUCAAGGGAGAGACGUCCGUCCUCCUCUCCCCCUCGGCGGUCACGUCCUCAACGAACCUCCCCAUCCCCACGCCGCACUCCUGAGGACAGACGGAGGUCACGUGGUAGCCGCCGUUCACCCUCACCACCCAAGCGCGAACCUCGGCGGCGCAGCCCCUCUGCCUCCCCACCAAGACGGGAAGCCCGCAAGCGAAGUUUGUCACAAUCCCCAAAACGGGAGGUGCGUAGGCGUGGCAGCCCCUCUCCUUCAGAAGGCAGGAAGAAACCAGUGGAUGUGGAGAUGGGGGAAGAAGAGGCCCCGCCCUGUAAGGCGGCGGGUAAGAGCCCGUCAGCUGAUGAAGAGCCAGCAGAGGAAGCUCCGUCCAAGGCUCUGUCAGGCGAGGAGGACGAAUGGGUUGAGAAAGAAGGCAAAGAAAAGAAGAAGAAACACAAGAAGCAUAAGAAACACGGCUCCGCGAAACACAAGAAGAAAGACAAGAAACACAAGAAGCAAAAAGAAAAGCAGAAAACUAGUGAUGGUUCUGAGAGCGAUGAGGCGCCAGUGCCGCGUGAGGAUGACGAUAACGAAAACCUGGAGAAGAAACUCCGCGAGAAAGCGCUACUAUCCAUGCGUAAACACAAGGAGCCGAACACAGAAGAGGACGAAAUGGAUACCGUGGAUUAGACAACCCCUGCGCCACAUUCUCACGCCUUGUGGGGCCCUAGAAGAGCCAUUGGUGACACUGGAGAAGAUAAUCGUCCGUCAUUCUCAAAAUAUAAUGAUACUAGAGAUGUGAUUGAAGAAAGUUACCCUUCCAUGCAGCCCUACAUGCAAUAGAACGUGUCCAUGCGACCAGCUUUCCAAAGAUGGUUAUGUUUUGGAUUAUUGAAAGCAAAGUCUGUCCACACCAGUUUUCCUAAUGUCCUUUGCACAACAGCUUACAGGCUGCAUCCGCUCUGUCAUCAAAACUACUUCUACGUGUAUCCAGCCUAAGUCACACUGGCAUCAAAACUUCUCCAGCCUAAGUCAGAAUGGCAUCAAAACCUCUCCAGCCUAAGUCACACUGGCAUCAAAACCUCUCCAGUGUGUAUGUGGCCUAAGUCAGAAUGGCAUCAAAACGUCUCCAGUGUGCAUGUGGCCUAAGGCACACUGGCAUCAAAACCUCUCCAGUUGUGUACGCAGCAUAAGGUCCUAGGAAUCAGGCUACAACAUAGAGGCGUCGACAUAAACUUGCGAACUAAAACCUGAAUCCUCUCUGUUUGUUUGUAGCUAGUCGCCAACUCUUCGUGUGUCACGCGAUAACUAGAGUUGGUUGCACAGAUUUCGCAACGCUUCUUGAUGGAAUUGUUUUUGUAGACAUUGAGAGUGCUGUAAUCUACAGGCUUGGUGCAUGACAUGACGAAUGGAAAAUGUUUGGCGGUUUUAUUUGGCAGGCUCAUUUGAUAAUGGACUCAGGUCCUACUGCCCUUGCUUGGUCGUUUUCGACAUCUGAUGUCAGGGUCAGUAUAGUGUGAACCAGAACAAAACAUUGGAAUACACAACCUUUACUCUUUUACUUCCAUGUCAAUGCACACCUAUUUCAAUUAAGGUUGCUCUUGAAAACCGCAGUGCUUCAUGGGAAACGUAUAAAUGAAUGUAUCCUAGUUUCUAAAUAACAUGAUUGUUAACUGGUAAAUAUAAAGAAUGCUAAAAUUCUCAAAUCCUGGGCUGUUUUAUUGACGCUUAUUGUCUCAUUUAUUUGAUACCCAUGAAGCCCCCCAGGUAUUCUCCAAGUGCAACCUUUUUUGAAAUAGGUGUAAAUGAACUAUCGAGAAAUUACUCAAAUUAAUUACAUGCGGACCCCCCCCCCCAUACUGACCCUGUCAUUGGUAUUUGAAGUUGAGACUUCAUGUAAUAUGGGAAUGUGAGCGUUUAAUUUGUUAUGAUUUUUAUUACGGCUCUCUAAAGGGCUUGUUUUUAUCUGUGUACUCUGAAACAAAUCUGUCAUGUAGAUACGAUCUACCUAGUAAUUGUCCACUCCCCUAUUUCUUGACCACGCCCUGUUUGUUUGCCAACAUUGGUUUAUCCGUUGUAAAGUAUGUGUACAAAUAACAAUAAAAUCUUUAUCGGA